AUGCUGGACUCGGAUACCGAACUACCGCAAGAAAUUCUGGUGGAAUACGAAAAAUUGUUGAAAAAGUCAUACACGGAAAAUUUUGACGAAUUGUAUAAGACCGACUUGCUAAAGGUAAUUGGGAAGGAUGGAUACGGUUCACACAUCGUUUUGUUGAUUCCGUGUUUUAUCGUUUCGUCCGGUUCAGACCCUGAGAAGACACUGAGAUACGCCAUCUUGACGUUGGACCCAAUCGUGAAGGAGAACUACGUGCUGGUUCUGUGCGAAACGCAUACAAGUUGGCUGACUGACGCGGUUUACGCGUACGCAAAGCAGUGGUACGACACGCUUCCGAGGAAAUACAAAAAGAACCUGAAAAAACUGUACUUGGUGCACAGCGGAUUCAUGUCCAAAACGUUGCUAACCAUUGUAACUCCAUUCGUAUCAGCCAAAUUCUGGAAGAAAGUAGAAUACAUAGAAAAGUUAGAGGAUCUAUUUUUAAAAUUAAAUAUAGAUCCAACAUAUUAUUUGAGAUGCUUUCCAUACAUAGUUCAGAGAAAUGAAGAAGUGCUAUUAGGAGGAAAAACAGUUUCCGUUUUUGGAGCAGACUUAGAAAUUUUAUGUCAACGAUUUGGAAAAACCUACAUGGAAUAUAAACACAUCCCUUCCAUCAUUGUGGAUUUCUUAACCCAUUUACUGAAGCCUGAAAUUGUUAAUACGAAAGAUCUGUUCUACUUACAGGCAGAUGCAAAUACAUUGUAUGGAAUAAUUGGAGACAUAGAAUAUGGAGAACCGACAACAGAUUUUAACAACAUUCCUUCCCUAGUCUGUUCAUUCAAGCUUUUUUUAGAUACACAGAGACAUGGGUUGCUGGGUAGAGAUGCCUUCACGAAGUUGUACCAUUUAAAAACCGUUUCAGCAUCGGAUAAGGCGAUUAGAAGUGUUUUAUUUAAACUGUAUGAUAAGCUUGAGCCGGGUGCUAAGGAUUGUCUAAUCUGUCUUUUGAAAUUUUUUAAAACCGUCUCAAAGUAUUCAAGUGAGAAUAACAUGACGGUGGAAACCCUGGCUAAGAUUUUUGCUCCCACGUUUUUCAGACCCAGUGUUCCGAACGCCGUUUUUUCGCAGUGCAUUCCUUUGGCGAAUAGGUGCCUGCAGAUGAUAAUUGAGGCCCCCGACAUUUUGACGAACCCGAAUAAAUACGACGCAGAAAGUGACAGCUCAGACGAGAGCGAGUCAGAUGACAGCAAGGAGAAGGAGUCCAAAUCGGAGAGCUCAAGUGAGGAGGCCAGCAGCGAGUCACAAGGAAGCAAAGGGAAUAAGGGGCAGUCCAGCGAUUCGGCGGAGCUUGCCCAGCAUGGAUCGAAGUCCUCGGAAAGGGGAGGCCCAAAUAAGAAGGACACUCCACAAAAAGACGCCUUGAAAAGGGGUGAAUCGAAGAAGAAAUCGGACGAACAGACCGAGGAGGAAUCGGAGUCUGAGGAAGAGUCUGAGGAGGAGUCCGAAGAGGAAUCCGAGGAAGUGACAGAGGAAGCUACGGAGGAAGAAUCAGGUUCAGUGGAAGACACCAGGAAGGUUAAUUUUAAAAGGGAGGAAGGAAAGGCGGAGUAA